AUGGUGUUACUGUACGUUCAGAGCAUAGGAGGGGCAAGUUCAAUAGUUGUUGGCACUGGCGUCCUAGGGGAUAUUACCACGAGAGAAGAACGAGGUGGGUAUACGGGCUUAUUCUUCCAGGCGGGCCAAAUAGACUCUAUUGGAAAUGGUUCCAUACCUGCUGUGGGGGUCUCCAAAUGCCCCUUGGAUUUUGUUCGACAACGGCUACAGGACCCAUCUUACACAAACGGCCCAGCAAGCGGUGCCAGAACCCGACAGGACAGAAAACAACGCAUCCUUUUCGACUGGAAAUAG